CCCCGGGAAGGUUUUGAUGUCACUCCAGUGUCUGUAUAGCACAAAUACUUUGCCAGUGCUAUCCGCUUCUUUGUAGUAGAGUUAUAUUAUUAGAAAGUGUUCUUCUCUACCUCAGUUGCUACGAGAUGGCGGGAAACUUUUGGCAAAGUUCUCAUUAUCUGCAGUGGGUUCUGGACAAACAGGACCUGAUGAAAGAGCGCCAGAAGGAUCUGAAGUUUCUCUCAGAAGAGGAGUACUGGAAGCUGCAGAUUUUCUUUGCAAAUGUGAUCCAGGCUUUGGGGGAACACCUGAAGCUGCGACAGCAGGUCAUUGCUACCGCAACGGUUUACUUUAAACGCUUCUAUGCCAGGUAUUCCCUGAAAAGUAUAGAUCCAGUGCUCAUGGCUCCUACCUGUGUCUUCCUGGCUUCUAAAGUUGAGGAAUUUGGAGUUGUGUCCAAUACCAGGCUGAUCUCUGCAGCAACAUCUGUGUUGAAAACAAGAUUUUCCUAUGCCUUUCCAAAGGAGUUCCCUUACAGAAUGAAUCAUAUAUUAGAAUGUGAGUUCUACCUUCUGGAGUUGAUGGACUGCUGCCUGAUAGUGUACCACCCUUACAGACCACUGUUGCAGUAUGUGCAGGAUAUGGGACAGGAAGACAUGCUGCUGCCCCUGGCCUGGCGAAUAGUAAAUGACACAUACAGGACGGAUCUGUGUCUGCUCUACCCUCCCUUCAUGAUUGCCUUGGCCUGUCUGCAUGUUGCCUGUGUGGUACAGCAGAAAGAUGCCAGGCAGUGGUUUGCAGAGCUCUCUGUUGACAUGGACAAAAUCCUGGAGAUCAUCCGUGUCAUUCUGAAGCUCUAUGACCAGUGGAAAAAUUUUGAUGACAGAAAGGAGAUAGCUGCCGUGCUCAACAAGAUGCCAAAGCCCAAACCUCCUCCUAACAGUGAAAGUGACCAGAGCUCCAAUGGGAACCAAAGCAACUCCUACAGCCAGUCCUAGCGUGGUGUCUAUAUUUCCGUGGGAAUCCAUAUUUUUGAUUUUUAAAAUGUCACACAACCUUUUGUGACGUUAGUUGGGGAAAAAAAA